AUGGAUCAAAAUCCGACACAGAGAUCCAAUGAUGAUGAACCAAAAACAAACAAUGAGGCACGUACCAACAUCUCUGAAUCCGAAUUCGAAUCUGGGGCUCGUCCCGCAAUUCCAGAAGACUGUGCUAUCGGGGACUCUGAUGAAGAUGACGAGGAAAUGGUAGAAACUCAACGAACAAUGACCCAGAGUCGAAUGUUGAGGCAGAAGUCUCCAGGAGAACUGCGCAGAAAAGUGAUUCCUUUCCACUGGGCCCCAAUGCUUUCUCCUCUUUCACCUGCCGAUAUAGAUGCAUGCGAGACCCUCGAGAAUGUUGCCGUGCCAAAUCGACCCCACGCCUCUAGCAGGGAAGAGGUAUUGACAGAUUCCAUCCUUGCUUUUCAGCGAACACUUUUAUUCUUGUUCUCUAUUUUUAACAUGGCCCAGAUCGAAUACCGCAUCAGGAAAUGCGGCAGCAUUUGCGUGGGCCUUUUCAACACCUAUCGUCCACGCGAUGCAGAAGACUGGUGGAUUCAGACAAUGCCUCAUGCUCGUCCCGUCGAGACUGGCAGGCAAGAUGGGUCCAAACAAGUCAUGUUCGCCCAUUUUAUUGCCACGUUGGGCAAGCAUUCCGUCGUGACGGAUAAUGAUGUACAAUUUCCACCCACUUGGAGAGACUCGGCAGCGUCUCAAAACUCGCCUUUGGGUCACCAAACAUCAGGUAGAACAAUAUGUCUCCACUCUUUCUCAGUAUGUCCCGAGGUUCAAGGCAUCGGAAUAGGCAAGGCCGCCAUGAAAGCCUACAUUCAAAUGAUGAACGAAUCCGGCGUGGCAGAUCGUAUCGCUCUCGUUUGCAGCAAAUCCCUUGUCGCUUUCUUUGCUGGCGUCGGUUUUCAGAAGGCUGGAGACAGUCAACUGAGCGCCGCUGGCCCGGAUUUGUACAACAUGGUAUUCGAGCUUCCAGGUCCCAAAGCUCUUUUUAGCUUGGAUCAGUCUCAGAAUCGCGCCAAGGCGUAG